CUUUCCUUUUAAUAAUGUACUAAUUGCUGCUGCUAUUAUACUACUAUAGAAUUUUACAAGUGUGUGAUUAUCGAUCAAGCUCGAUUUGUAACGAUCUUGCGAUCCAUGUCCAGUCAAUUGGAAGAACUCACAUUUGACGCACACAACUAUAAUAUGGCAUUCCUUCAAGUCAUGAAAGCAUGUCCACGUCUGACGCAUUUCUCCUAUUCUGUCUAUGAUUACGUGCCACCAGAAGUCUAUGACACUGAGCCAGUCGUUGUUGAAUUAUCAUCAUCAACAUCAUCGUUAGCAACAGUAAAGACGACAACAACGACGGAAGCAGCAGUUGAAAAAAUGGAAGAGGAUGAAAACCCUUUGGAUUAUAGUAGUAAAGAUGACGACGACGAGAGUCUGAACAUUACGUAUCUGUGCCUGAAUGCUGUACUCCACAAGGAUAAAAGAGCUGCGCCGAUACUACGGAGAUGUCCAAAACUCAGGUACCUGGCGAUAUCCAAUAUUGAUAUCGACUCUGACUUCCACAUGUGGCCAAGUAAAGAUUCGAUCGAUCUGGACAUGUUCUUCCGUUUAUGUCCAUUGCUACAAUGUAUCGAAUGCAAUUCAUGGGAUGGCAACCAACAACAACAGCAGCAGCGAUGGCGACAAUAUGCGCGAGAUAUCCAUUAUUCUCCUCGUAAUCACCAGCAUUUAUUACUGGAUAAUGGAUCAUCCAACAGUCCCAGUAGGAGGAGCAAGGACAAAGGAAGCAUCAACGAUUUUACGGAAGAAGGAGGCUUACGAGAGCUAAUCACAAGUGGCGCAGAAGGAUAUGGAGCGGAUCAAAUCAUCCCCAUUCUCAAACGUAACAAGUCUACGCUCCAAAUACUUGAUUUGGGAGAGGGCAUUUCAGCACGCGGCGAUAGUUGGGACGCUUCUUCUGACUGGUCUCAGCUCGAACACAUCACUCAUUUACAACGGCUCCAUACAUUUUCGUACAAAUACCUUUCGCUAAAUGAUCGUGUUCUUUGUGGAUUCUUAAGACAAUGUCCUGUCCUGACGGAUCUGACACUUUGGUGCAAGAUGACCAUUAUCCCUGACGAGCUUCUCUUGGUAAUCAACAACAAAUUACCAUUACUGACAAGACUCGAUUUGGGCUUCACAUCAACACUUGCAGUACCAUCCGAAACGACCUGGCGCUGGUUUUUUACAAACAACAAUGGCCGUUUGAAGCGACUGUGUUUGCGAUGGAAUAAUUUUAUAUCGGAUGCAGUGUUGGACGCGAUCGGAACGAUGCGGCAGCUGGAGGAGCUGCAUUUGAGACAUACGGCGAAACGGGCCACACGGAUGGAUGCAUUAAGACGCUUGAAUCAUUUGGAUCGAUUGGAAUUAUGGACUGUGGAUGCACCGCUUGAUCCAGUACUUUCGGACUUAUAUUGGCUGAAGGAACUUUACUUGGUUGGAUGUAAGGAGGUUUCAAGUCAUGGUCUACGUGCAUUGGUGGAUACGCCAGGUUGCAAGUUAAAAAAACUGCGGGUACAAAGUUGUGGAUCGAUCCGGCCACAUAUGAUGGAUUAUAUCGACAGCAAAUUGGCAUCACUGUCAUCAUCACCGUCACAUCAAUAAAUAAAAUAAGCAAAUUUGUAAAUAUUUGAAAUCUAGCUACAAGGAUACAUCACUUUAAAGUGUUGGCUUGUUUACUGUCGAA